UUUUUCUUUCUGCCUACACUACAGGAAACUGCUCAGUGCGAGAGAUGAUGACAACAGACUCUCUUUGAAUCGUUAGUCCAUUUAAAAACGCGCGUGCUUGUGUAAAUACUCAGGACAGUCCUGUGUUAUCGCUCCGGUGCUCCUUACGUAAGGGACUGGACUGUCAUUGAAAAUAUUCUGCCGGUCGCUGUACGCUGCGCUGCACCAGAUGAAUGAAAUCCCCGGAAUGCAUGCGCUAGCCACCUGCCUGUUAGUCGCUGCUGUUUCAUACUGGUACAGCAGCGAGCUUCUGACCGCGCUCCGUCUGUUUAUUUCAGACUCAGCCCUCGGCAGGGACAUGCCGGAACCCGAGGGGAAUCGUCGGUCACCGCAAGGUGUCCCAUACACCGACCUGGCGCACAUCGUCAACGCCGACGGACUGCACUUGUUCUGCCGUUACUGGGAGCCGGACAGUCCUCCGAAGGCUCUGGUGUUUGUCGCCCAUGGAGCAGGAGAGCACUGUGGGGGAUAUGCUGACAUUGCUCACAGCCUGACCCAGCAUGGCAUUCUGGUGUUCGCCCAUGAUCACGUUGGUCAUGGCCAGAGUGAAGGUGAGAGAAUGGAUAUCAAAAACUUCCAGAUAUACAUCAGAGACGUCCUCCAGCACAUUGACAUUAUGAAGGGCCGGUACCCCAAGCUGCCAGUCUUCAUCAUUGGACACUCAAUGGGAGGGGCCAUUUCCAUUCUGACCACCUGUGAGAGGCCGCAGGAUUUUGCAGGUGUGGUUCUCAUAGGCCCCAUGGUUCAAAUGAAUGCUGAAUCUGCUACACCCUUCAAGGUUUUCGUGGCAAAAAUUCUAAACCGCUUGACUCCCAAUCUCUCUCUUGGUUCGAUCGAGUCAAAAUGGGUCUCAAGGGAUCCCAAACAGGUGGAGGCAUAUGACACAGAUAAGCUAAAUUAUCACGGAGGCCUGCGCAUUGCAUUCGGAAUGCAGCUGAUGGAAGCAGCAGCUCGAAUUGAGAGAGAAUUACCCAACAUCACAUGGCCCUUCUACAUUCUCCAUGGCGACGCCGACAAGCUUUGUGACAUCAGAGGUGCUCAUCUAAUGUAUAAUGAGGCCAAGAGCACUGAUAAAAAACUGAAGGUUUAUGAAGAAGCCUACCAUGCCCUACAUCAUGACUUACCUGAAACUAUUGAGUCUGUCUUAAAGGAGGUGAGCACCUGGAUCCUGGAGAGACUCCCCGCCCCUCAUGUGUCUUAGCUGUCAAUCACCGAAUGCAGACUUGCCUAAGCCCCGCCCCUGACCGAAUCUUUCAUCUGUUCAUCUAUACUGACAAUGAGAUGUCUGAUUGCACUACAUGCCAACAACACCACCUUCACUUUAAUCUACCUAGGUGAUAACAUAGAUAUGUCUAGGUAGAUGCACUAGUAGCGGCUGUAUCUAUGGGCCGUCCUCCAUAUAUAAGCCUGUAUGUCUGAAACAGUAGUUAUACGCAUGUAUGAAAAUCUAUAUCUACAAUAGACUUCAGCAGACGGUUUUGCUAAACUAACACAAUACAACAAGACAAAGCUGACAUUUAAAAUGGUAAUAUAGUUUAAAAACCUGUAAUGUUGAGUGCAUACAAACCAACACAUUCUUAUAUGUGAAAGUUUAUCCAGUUUCUUUAGGAAUUUAAAUUUAAAUUUCGGUGGUUUUUAUAUCUAGAGGAUGCUUAAUGAAACUUCACCAUUCCAGGAUGGCAGAGGCAUCUACUUGCUUUGAGUGGUCGAACGUGGUGUCUACCUUUAUAUAUCUAUUGGUAAUAAGAGGUCAUUAGUAAAUUACCUUUGACCUAGAGAUCCAAUCAAGCUUUAAUAUGGCCAGUAAGGGUUCUGUGGGAGUUUAUAUUCCCUGUUAUACCUUCAAAGGCAUCAGCACUGCGGGGUAUGGCUUGUGCAUUAACCUAGCAAACAUCAUGAGUAAUAUAAUGCACCUGGCAGCCCUCAGUGCUGAGCUCUCUUUUGAGAUGCCAGAGUAAUAGAACAGCUGCAGUUUGCGCUUUGUGAUGUCCACUGCUCAUAAGAGAUGUAGUACUGCCCCCGCUGGACAACAGCAGUACUGCAUUCUGCUGUGAGCGCAGUUACCAAGGCAACUCAACCUUAUAUUGCUUGUGGCUUGGCAGAGAAACAAACUGUACCUACAGAAUAAGAAUAUGGUAAUUCUUUGAGACAUUCAGAGAGCAAAAUGUCUGCUGAGCAAAUGUAACAUUGCACUCGAAGAGAUCAAUUAGAUGAUCUCUACAGACACAUCUAUGCAGGAGAUCCCACAGAUUCCCAUAUAUACACAAUAUAUAUCCACACGUUUUUUUUUUUUUUUUUUUUUUUUUUUUGUGGUUUGACUGUUUCAAACACCUCAGACUGUUCCAUUCCUUGGAGUAAGUGGGGAAGUAGCUGUUCUGCAGCUUGAUUGAUUUCAUAUGAUUCUUUCUUAUGGGCUUUGGAAUUGUAAUACCUUAUUCCUUUAUUUUUACAAGCAUUUCGUUACUUUGACUACUAUAUUAUUAAUAAAUAUGUUACUGUUUAAAUUAUAAGAUGUUCACAUUAGCUUUUGACCUCAUUGUAGCUCAAUGAGGUUUGUAGCUCAAAAAUAACAGGAAAUUGUAAAAGGACAGUCGUUCACACCAGCUUAACAUUUAACGUGACUGUUUUGAUUCAGACAAAAGAAGGAUUUGUUACAGAGAUUUGUCUGUAAUCCUCAAAGGCAUUUUAUCAAUGAAUGUAGAUCAAUGAAGGUUUUAUUGAAUGUGGCACGUGGCAAUGGAAGCAAGCAACGAGCAGAAACGUUAUCUAUUAUUACAUGUUUUAUUACUAACUGAUCUAAAUCAAUCAAUAAACAAAAAUAAGAAAAUAAAACUGCUAUCUUUGGUGUGAGCAGAAAUGAAAUGUUCAGCACAAGAUUGUGAAUAGUGUGCAUGUUUGUUAAGAGAUUAUGUAGAGAGAAACUAUAGUCUGGAUGUUUGUUUCACACAUUGAGCAUUUUAUUAAGUAUAUUGUCUCUCAAACAUUUGAAAUGGAUCACUUGUACAUGAAAUGUAUGUUACACUUCUUAUAUAUUUGUAGAAUAACUAAAUCUUUAUAAGUGAUAAUCCUCUGUGACUUUGACUGUUUCGGUAACUGUUAUAAAAUCUUCCUAAAGCAGAAGUACUAGGUGCACUGCGAUUGGAGGAGAGGUUAAUAUUCUCAAGGACAAUAUAUUUACAUUGGGCAAUAAUGCAUGAUUCAUUUGGAUUAAAAUUUUCCAUCUGAGUUGCUUGCCUUUAUUACGGCAUCUAAAAUCCUCUCCUACAGUUGCCCUGUCCUAGUAAAUGGCACAUUUAAUAUUAAAAGAGUUCUGAAUUCUUGCAUAAAAACUGUAAUUAAACAGAGAAAUUAAAGCUAUAAUGUGAUUUCAAUAAUUUUCAGUAUGGCCAGUUAAUAGUCUGUGAAUUGUAAAGUCUGUAAAAUAAUAAAUUUGAAAUGGUAAAUGAUAA